AUGAAGCGGCCAGCUGAUUGGGUGGCGGGAUGCCGAGGCUGGACAGUCCCGGUGAAGGGACAGGGGGUUGGAUUGGGGACGGGAGUGGUAUGGUAUUGUAAAUGGGUAGAGUCGGAGACCGAGGAUCUUCGUCAGGUCUCGAUCCUCUCUUCCGAACCAGCAACCAACUUCCUUAGUACGCCUCUGCCUUUCCCACCCCCGAUCACUAACUGGCUUAUACUCCGGGGCAAGCUGGCUGGCCCCUUUGGUCCUUGCGCCCUUUCCUUCUUGUCCCGCUGA